AUCAGAGAGAGCGAUGGCAACAAUACAAAACAAAUCUCCUCUCUUCUCUAUCUUCUUCCCCAUUUCUCUGAAAACCCUAAUUUCUCCAUCUCUCAAUCUCUCUGUGUUUGUAUCUCUCAUCUCUGUUUGAGAGAUGAUAAGGUAACUUCAAAGCAUCCUCGUGAAUUCAUCUUGUAAUUUCAGAUUCUAUAAUGUGAUCCUGAUUUAGGAUUUUAAUUCGAGAUAAAUGGCGACAAAUGCGUGCCUUGAGUCCGAUUCGCUUCUACCUCCACGGAAGCGUUUACUCGCCGGAUUCAAGAACCAGAACUCGAGAAUCAGCAAUGAAUCUCCGAGUCCUCCUUUCGCUUCUUCGUCCUCGUCUACUACAACUUCAAAUGGUUCCUCUGCUUCAGCAGUUGUGCACACUCAUCAUCUCGACCAUCUACUCAAUGACCAGACUCGGUCCCCGGAAGAGCUUGCUCAGGCGUCGAAAGCAACCGCUGCUUUAGCGGUUAAGGUUGCAAAGGCGGCGAGAGCUACUGCUAAUGAGAAGGCCAUCAUUGCUUCUAAAGCAGUGGCUGCAGCCAAGAAUGCGUUGGAAUUGUUUGCUUCUUUUCCCGCAGCUGAGACGGUUUCUUGUAAAGAGCCUAGGUUGAUUCGAGCUAUAAACAAUUCUCCUAGAGUCUUGACGGAUUGUUCUGGUCACAGAAACAAGAAGCAAAAGACUCUGACUAGUACUAUGAACGAUGGGAAUGAUGUUGCUGGUGUUGUGGAUUCAGAUGACGGAACCAGAGUAAACGGGAAGCUGCUCUUAUGCGAUAACACGCUAAAGGAGAAAACAGAGGAAGAGAGUAGCUCAUUAGGGAAAAGAAGAGGAAGAGUGAAGCUCCCUUUGAGCAUGUGUGCCUACAAGGAUCAAGAAAACGGUAUCACAUUAGAGGAAAACAAUCUAAGUGUAAGUAAGUCGGAAGGUUAUAAUGGUGGUGUGGCUCAGGUUAUAGAACGACCAUCAUGGAAGUGUCAGGACUUAAAGUCACCGGAAUGUGUGAAGCAGAACAAAGUUGUACGUUCAUAGUCUUCUUAUAUGUAUUUACACCUAAAAGAGGUAAGAAGGUGCAGAUUCAACAGCAUUGUCAUUUUCAGUACAAUCUUAAUGUUGUUUAUUUUUAUCUUGUUUUGCUUUUUUGGGUAAUGUGUUUGAUUUUAUGUUGUAUAUUUUGGGAAUAAUAUCUAGAUACAUAGAUUUUGUAUAUGUAUGUUGGUUGUUUAAUCAGUGUAAGUGUUGUUAUUAAAGUGAUGACUUUUUGUUGUUUGCCUUUAUGUUUCUUUUGUUUUAAGUCAUUUUUCUCCCAGUGCUAAGACUAAUUUAUCUUCGA